AUGACGGGGUCACCCUCAGAGGAUGAGCUCUUGGCCUCCAGCCAAGAAACAGUUGAGGGCAAAGCUGUGGGCCACAGUACGCCAACAACUAUAAAUCAACCCAUAACAUCCGCUCAAGCCAUGGGGCAAAAUCGUGGUAAUAAAGGUCCCUCGAGGUAUAAACUUUUCCAGAGGUCUCUCGCUAUCCUUGGCAGGAUUCGGAAAAACGAGACCGAAGGUAAAGUUCAUCCCAAAGAUGAGACCGACAAGGCAAGAUGUCAAAAGGUGGUUGAUGAAUACUUGGCAUUCCAAGCCGCCAACAGGACAGAUGUCAAAAAACGAAACCACUCACAUGACGAAACUGGGAAGGUAACAAAGAAGCACAAGAUAUCGGAUCAGGGUGCAGUUGCCUUCAAACCUAUCAAGCGAUUUAGUGAGGUGGCACGGGACCAUCUCCAAAUGGCAUUGAUAGACGAAACCUCUAACGCCGGAAAACCAGUGCUUGACAAAUGGUCAGAAAUUGAGGCACGGUUGUCUCGCAUAGUCGUUGACCAUGUCAUGGCGAACCCGGAGGGCCAAACACCAGGUCUCGACUCGGUGGAGGUAGUCCGCGGUUACCGAGUCAUUAAAUGCGAUGACCAAUUCUCACUGCAUUUCUUGACAAACGUGAUUGGUAAAAUCCAGAAGAGCUGGGAAGGCUUGAAACUCAAGCUAAUUCCGGCUAGCGAGAUUCCACGAAGGCCGAGGGCUCGCAUCUGGGUACCACACAUGGAGUUUGAUGCCAAUCAACUAAUCCCCUACCUUGAGGCGCAUAAUCGCUCGGUGCCGAUGACCGAUUGGUCGAUCAUCAAAGCGGAGGCUCCGCAAAGGCACAGCAGGUCAUUCCUCCUUCUAAUUACAGAAGAGAGUCUGGAACCACUGGAGAAAGUUCUUUUUAAUAUUAUAAUGAAUGAAGAGCAAGUCAGACUACUUUUGGAGGAAAAAAAUUCGACUUCUGAUUAUGAGGAUGAAAAUGACAGCGACGUUGAAGACUUUGUUGCAGGAGAUGUAGAAAGUUGUGAUACCGAGCAAGCAGAUGAUGAAGGAGUUGAAUGA